AUGGAGGUGGAUUUAGUAUCCGACGAAAAUGACUACGAUAGCUAUGAUGAGACUCAAUUCGACGAUGACAAUGGCGAAAGAGCUUCUUCAUCUGUUCAUCCCGAUUCAGCCCCUCGAUAUACGAUCCCUGAGCGUGUCAUAGGGGCUGUUGAGAUUCCUGCUGUAGUAAACAACCCCGACCGAGCAGUCAAGACGUUUGGUCGACAUCCACAUUUGCAACAUCUUCUCGAUACUGGAAGGAAUUCAGUUCCAUUCUAUAUAACACCUGAAGAUCCAUUCUGCAAACCUAUCAUGUCUCACAAUGCUCGCAGUCAUGAUGUGGUCCUCAAAAUCACAGUCCCAAAAAGAACAGGACGAAAGAGAAAGAGAGGAACAGAUGGACCUUGGGAAGGAGAUAUCGAAGUCACCGACGAAGGCCAACCACGCGCAGACGAUGGAGUUUCUUGCUACGCUCGAUUGGAUGAUCCCAAGAUUGUUCGUCGAAAAAUGGUAGACAACAUCGGCAACUACCAUGUUGAAGCUGUGGGAGUGAUUCGAAGUACGCAUCGCUUCCGAGGACUUCACGACUUUUACUGGGACAUGUCAAAGUCCAACUUUGCACAACGAUAUGUGAAUCAAGUGCUCCCUGGAGACGUCGACAAGAUGAAGGAGUUUAAGUUCCUCCCUGGAGUUGACGAAGGUCCAAAUGUCGACAUCAUCCCACCGCCCAUGUUUACACACAUGAGUCUCCCUUUCAACUACCAAUACUCACAAAACCCGUACGUACGUGCGACUGAAGAUGGCGGCACAAUAAACACCACCGCUGUGAAGCAGGUUGGCUACUUUAUUGGUGCAGAGGACCCUUCACCAACCGAACCUCAACUCCCACCCGAUAUGACUGAUCCACGAAUGGUGGAAAUUAUGGCUGAGCUUGAAGAUGCUUUUGAGGAGCGACCGAUCUGGACUCGACGAUCUCUUCUCAAUCACCUUGGGGGCAAGCUUAAGAACUGGAAUGAACUCAAGAAAUAUCUCAACUACGCAGCCUAUCAGUUCAAGGGAGGUCCAUGGAGAGAUGGAGUGGUUCAAUAUGGUAUUGAUCCACGAACAGACCCGAAAUAUCGAAUCUAUCAGACACUCAUGUUCAAGCUUCCUAAGCAGAAGCGCGCCCAGCGUGGCCAAACAUGGAAAUCAUUACGCAAAGUCCAAAUGGGACCGCUAAAGGAGUUUCUGGAGGAACUUUCGGAGAGUCAUGUCUUUGAUGGUGAAACCUUCCACACCGAUGGAAAAGUGUGGCAGGUCUGUGAUAUCACCGAUCCUCUACUCAAAGAGCUUUUCGAGAACGCUGCUAUACGCCCUGAAUGGGAUCCAAGCAGUGGAUGGUACCAUGGUGGUCUCUGGGCCAAAGUCAAAGCGAUCAUGAAGACAAAACUCGUGGCCAUCCAGUUUGAUCGACACCUUACAAGAGAAGACUUUGCGAUGACAUUAGAAACCGGCGAUAAAACACCAGUCCGAUCAAACCAAGCAACAUUUCACCUUCCACUACCGAAUCUUCGACUCACGGACGAAGAGCUCACACAGCUGCGAGGACGACAACCCACUAAGAAGAAUAAGCAUAAGGGCUAUAGCGUGCGAGUUCGAGAUCCCAAUGCAGGACCUAAGAAGGCGACAGCUGGAGAGUCAUCGACGGUAGCUGCUUCAGAUAACCAAGAAGAAGAGGCCCGGUUGUUGGAGGAGAUGGGAUCUGGGAAUGAGGAUUCUGAUGAGGGUGAUGAAGAUGAGUCUGGUGAUGACGACGAUGAUGAUGGGGAUGGAGAUAUGAUACGGGACGAGGAUAUAGAUCCACAGAUGUUUGCGUGA